GUGCGGGCCGCCUCCCUCCCUCCCCCGGCCGUAGCCUCCUCCGGCGGCAGCGGCGGUGCCCGCCGGCCCCAUGGCGGCGGAGCCCCAGCCCAAGGCGCUGACUCGCAAGCCCCUCCUGCUCAAUAAAGUGGAGGGCUCGCAGGAGGUGGUGAACAUGGCAGCGAUAGUGCCCAAGGAGGACGGGGUCAUCAGCGUCUCCGAAGACAGGACAGUUCGUGUCUGGCUGAAGAGAGACAGUGGGCAGUACUGGCCCAGCAUAUACCAUGCAAUGCCAUCUCCAUGUUCAUGCAUGUCUUUUAACCCGGAAACCAGAAGGCUGUCCAUAGGUCUAGACAAUGGUACAAUCUCAGAAUUCAUUUUAUCAGAAGAUUACAACAAGAUGACACUAGUGAAAAGUUACCAGGCUCAUCAAAGCAGGGUCAUCAUGAUUCUGUUUGUCCUGGAGAUGGAGUGGGUGUUGAGCACCGGACAAGACAAACAUUUCACGUGGCACUGUUCGGAGAGUGGCCAGCGACUGGGGGGCUACCGCACCAGCGCCGGCGCCUGCGGCCUGCAAUUUGAUGUGGAAACCCGGCAUGUGUUUGUUGGCGACCAUUCUGGGCAAGUGACCAUCCUCAAACUAGAGCAAGAGUCUUGCAGCCUUGUUACCACAUUUAAGGGACACACAGGUGGUGUCACUGCUCUCUGCUGGGACCCAAUACAGCGAGUUUUAUUCUCAGGCAGUUCUGAUCAUUCCAUUAUAAUGUGGGAUAUUGGAGGAAGAAAAGGAACAGCCAUCGAGCUGCAAGGACAUAAUGAUAAAGUUCAGUCUCUCUCCUAUGCUCACCACACUCGGCAGCUCAUCUCCUGUGGUGCAGACGGGGGAAUUGUCGUCUGGAACAUGGAUGUUGAGAGGCAGGAGACCCCAGAGUGGCUGGAUAGUGACUCCUGUCAAAAAUGUGACCAGCCUUUCUUCUGGAACUUCAAGCAAAUGUGGGACAGUAAGAAAAUAGGCCUCAGGCAGCAUCACUGCCGGAAGUGUGGGAAAGCCGUGUGUGGGAAAUGCAGCUCCAAGCGCUCCUCCAUCCCGCUGAUGGGGUUCGAGUUCGAAGUGAGGGUCUGCGACAGCUGCCACGAGUCCAUAACGGAUGAGGAGCGGGCACCUACGGCUACUUUCCAUGACAGCAAGCACAACAUUGUUCAUGUACACUUCGAUGCCACCAGGGGAUGGCUGCUGACCUCGGGGACAGACAAGGUUAUUAAGUUGUGGGAUAUGACACCAGUAGUGUCUUGAUGUUACAUCAGUGGAACUUGAAAAGUGAUAUUUACAGAAGAAACUGAUUUCCUAACCCUAAUUAUACUGCAGAAGAUAGAUAACACUGGCUGCAUAUGGCAGAUGAGAAAGGAACUAAUGUGUUUACAACAACUUUAUGUCCUCUGCUUGAUCCAGGCUGAACAUUUGCACGAAGACUCUUUCCACUUCUUCUCAAAAUAUACAAGAAGGUAUUUUUUUAACUAACGGUUUGUAUGAUCUGACUUUGAUUGUCUUGAGUUUGUUUGGAAAAACCUGUGUGCAGUGCAAUUUUUAGUUUUUAUAUUUCACUAUGUCCAGAUACUUGCUGCUUUGUACAGAGGGUUCUUGAGUUGUGUCUUCCUCUGUGAGUUUUUGGUGUCAACAGACUGUGUAAGGCAAUUGGCUCUCCCUGCAGCCAGUACCUGUUGGUUUGGGAUAUUUCUGCUGACCAUGCUCUCUCCAGAGGAGGAAAUCCAGGAACAGACUCUGGGUGCAUCACCGAGGAGCUGAUGGACUAUUGCAAUUCCUAAAAGGGCUCUACCAUCUGCUUGUCCUAGUGGGCAUCAUCCAGAGAGCAUUCAUUGGUCUGUAUAAUCUUCCUGCCUCUUCCUUUGCUGCACAAGUUGCAGAAUCAGGGGUCAGGUUAUUCAGCAACUGAUUUCUACAGAAAACUGAAAUAGUUUUCCAACUCAGAGCAUUACAAGGAGCACACAGAUUUGUUUGAGUUUGAUGAUGAUGACAGUCUGAUUCAAAUGAAAUUAUUGGCAACAGGAACUUUUGGGAGUGUGUGGAUGGAGGGGGGCAGAUCUAAAACUGGUCUAGAGCUGAAAAGUCUGGUUUAUCUCUACCUCUACCUCUACCUUGCACAGCAACGUUUCAGCAUUUUUACCUUUCUGUGUUGUUGAAAAUGAAUUUAGUUUUUCCUGUUUUCCAUAUGGUUAAUCAUAUUUAUUUUUUAAAACUCUGAUGGUUUUUAUUAAUUUCCUCUACAGACCCAAAAGUGAUAUAGCUGAAUUAUGCCCAUUGUCCUGUUGUCAUACUUUACAGUUUCUCUUAAAAAUAAACAGUAUUUAAAAACCUGGAUUGAUCAAAAUUACCUUUUUAGAAUGACAUUGUCAAGGUGAAUAAACUAAAAAAGCCCUUUUUUCCAAAGGGAUCUUCUCUGAAGAGCCAACUCUUCAUUCCAUUAAUCCAUGUUACUUUUUAGCAUGGCAUUACUCACGCACUUCAAAGCAACUGGUGUUCAGAAUAGAACUGCAGACCAGACCAAAGGCUUUCCUGCAUCUUCUGUUUCAGCAGGCCUUGUGGCACAUUGGUGGUGCUCAGUCUUGUCCUGUUUUGGACUUACUUUCUUCUCUCUAUAGUGGAGAGGCCAUGACAUCUGCCCCUACAGAGCAUAUUGCUACCUGGAGAAGCCUUGUGUUCUCGCUUGAGAGAGAAUGCCAAAAGAAAAUAAAGCUUCUCCUUUGUUUGCCCAGAAGCAAUUCACUUUUGAGGGGGAAAAAAGUGGUUAACCCAAUCCAUGGCAUUAAUUCUGUCCAGUGAGCUGCUUCAUUAAAGGAUGAGUGGACUUCUGUGUGCACACCACAGGACUGCUAUGUAUUUUCAAGGAAAAUUCUCUUUUUAAACAUCCUAUAACCUGUGAUGAAGCAUUUUGCAGUCGUGUUCUGUGAAAUAACACCACCUUCGGUUUCCUGGUUGUACAGCCUGUUGUUGGCUCCCCUCUAGACAGCAUAUUUUAAAGCCUAUUUUCAAACAUAAUUCACACAUUACUAUUAUUUUUCCAGCUUGAAAGUUGUUUUCUCAGUCCUCCCACUUUUUUUCCUGAAAACUAGAUACUUGUUUCCUCUUGGAAUGCUUUUCAUUACACCUUGUGCAUGUUUUCUGAUGACUGAAGUGUUCUUGGCUUUCAAAGCUAUGCAGGAUGAGCAAGUGGCCUGCUGUAUUUCAUUCAAGCUGGAGAAUAUGUGCAAAGCUUUGCUGGACUAAUGUGUUCCAUGUUCCCUUGGGCUCAGGGCCUUUUGGCCAAAGACCUGACUUGUGCAGGGAGUGCAUCUCACGGUGACAGAAACAGGGGCGCACCAAAGUGAAUUUAAAUUGCUGUUCUGUGCUCGGUUCCUGAGGAGUCAGCAGUGGCACCAAGUCUGGGGGUCCAGCAUGAAUUGUGCUCACACUGAUGGAGUGGUGGAGCUGGCAAGCUGAGCAUCUGCCCCUGGGUCAACAUCGACUCCUAAACAUGUAAUGUGCAAACAAAGGUGAAGAACUGAUUCCAAAAGAGACUUCAUUGGAGAAUUACUUGUUUGGACUGUUCUGCAAUAAACUCGUGGCCACUCUCCCCUUGUCUUCCAAGGAGUCAUGGUUUCAGUGUUGCUUAUAUGUGGAUGUGGGGCAUGAAAAACCGUUCUGCAGAAUUUUCUUGGCUGUUUUUUCUGAAUGAAUGACCUGCAGGGUUAUCUGGAUUUAAGCUAAAUAUUCUCCUUAUCUUGCAGUCUCAGAACAAACUUCUCUGGGUUUAGAAAAUUAUAUAAAUUGCAAGUGAAGCUGAGGCAGGAAGGAAAAUUCGUCCCUUUGCAAUGCCCUCAAGAGCUGUAAUGUAGAGAUAUGAAGGGAAAAUAGAUGUAUCUAAUUCAAUAAUUCUUUUACUUUCCACAUGAAACAAGAAGGAUUUGACACUGGGAGAGUUUAAAUGCAUGCUUCCCUCUUCUGCUGUUAGAGUAGUAAUCUCAGUUUCUUCUGUCUGUUAGGUCCAUAUGAAAAGGCAUCUCUGUUGCCUGGUCCUUUUUUCCACUUUACUUGCUGAAUAACAAAUGUGAGCUAUUUUUAUGAAUUGCAUUAUUGGAGGAUGGGAGGAGGGUGUGUUUUGAUACAGGUGUAAAGCUAUGCAGUGCCACAUACCUACACACACUCUCAAAUGAAGACAAGUCCCCCUUCCCUGGGGCUGCUGAAGGGCAGGAGCUGUUAGUGAUACCUCAUGCUGUGACAAGGGGCACACAAACAUUGCUGGCUUCCCUCUGCUCUACACAUCAGAAAAGGUGAUUUUCAUUUCUCCCUUAGCUGAUGCUUUCUUGUGGGAAGAGGCAGUGUUCUCCAGAGCAUCUGCCUGCUAUUCUCAGCUUUAAAAUGAGCAGUGUCUGUAGGGCUUAGGCAGGUGAUGGGGCAGGCACUGGUCACAUACAAGUGCCUAAGCAGCUUUCUAGGGUCACUUGUAUCCCAGGUGGGGCAACCUGAGCAUCAAAUUUCAGUCUUUUUAAGCUGAAAAUAUUUAAGUGACGGGAAAAGAAUGUGGGCAUCAGCUUGCAAUGUAGCAUUGAUGGUUCUCCCAUCAACCAGAAGACUUAACACCAUGGUUAGAUGUUGAAACAGUAUUGAUAGGGCUACAAGUCAGCCAGUGUGUGCUCAGCUGUGAGCACCCUUGUCUGCAGCUGCUUUUUGCAGCCAAGCCCAGGUGACUCCCUGCUCUGUCCUCCUGAACUUGAGGCCAUCACCUGAAUGUCAGCAUGUGGGCUCUUAGUACCUCAGUAGUGCUUACUGCACUUUGCCUGAGAGGGUGGCAUGAGUAUCUCCAGUCCUGGGAAAGGGAGGUAUGUAUUCCCUCUGGAUGGGGUUGGUUGCUGAUAAGAAAGCUCCCUUGCUGAAGUUAUUUCCCACCUCAGCCAUCUGUGAUUCAAAGUCCAUGCCUGUGUCUAUUCUAUUGCUUAGAGAAGGAAAAAAAGUAAGUAUCUUUCCUUAAAUCUAAACUACUACCAAAUUAAUUACUAACAAAUUAGCAAAUAUUACCUAUGCCUGUCCUCGCUAUUCCAAACAGGAUUUCUGUAGCAGCAACUGAAGUUCUGUUUUGUAGCACAUAGAAAACAGGGCUACAAUGUGUGCUUUUACAGGCCAUGUCCUUUCCAGAAGACCACAAUAAGCACAUGGGAUGUUUUCAGUUAGGACUUAGGAGACUUUUUUUCUAUGUGUGGCAAUAGUAUGCAACAUUAACUACAAACUUAUCCUUUUUUCAGAGUGCAUUAAUGUGCUGAGUCCCUGCUGUAAUGACCUUCUAUGUAAUAUUGAGGAAGACAAAGGUUUGUCUCUUAAAAAUUGCAUCUUGUGAAUGUUGGCAGGAAAUCUUUGCUCCUUAGAAGGAAAAAUGUAGUCCUGAAGUUCUGGGAUUUGAGAUGUCAUUUGUGUGAUCAAAUGUGACUUUUCAUUGCAUUUUCCCAGUUUGGGGAUUUUCCCUUGUGACGAGUCUUUGGCCAUCUCUGAAAUUUUGUUUGCUGCAGGACACAUUGUACUGCUCAGAAGAGAAAGAGAUUGAGUUCAGCUGGAACUGCUGCCAAGUAGGGACACUGAACUCAAACCAAAAUGAAAAUAAGAGAGCACAGUCCUGGCAAAGUCUGUGCAAAGAGGGGAUACCAAAAAAUGGUAUCGGCAUACAAAGAAAACUUAAAAAAACAAAACCAAAACAAAAAGCACCUACAGUAUAGAAAUGGAUAUUCACUAGAACUGUAUAAAGCCAAACCAUCCUCCCAGCUCAGUACUGUAAGCCAGCCAGCAGCCAUGGUCCAGAUCCAGAAGCCACAAGGAACAUAGAGUUUUUUCUAGUCUGUGAAGAUUUGACUUCUAUUUCUUGUUCUUUGGUUCAAUUGCCAAAUAAUAUUUAUCUACCUCAAGUAGUUUUUUUCAGAACUGUAAUAAAUGCAUAAGCACUUCGACAUUAAAAGGAUGGGGAAGAGACACAUCACUACUGAGAUGGUACAAAGAGGUGUCAAGCCUUAUGAAGAUAGUUUUGCCUCCAAUUAUUUGUUCUUUAGACAAUAAAUAAUCUCAAUUUAUGAAAGGGUUUAUCACCUUUAUACUUAGAUUUUGUAACAGGUCAGGGCUUCCUUCAGAUGUGAAAGACCCACUGCUAACACCCCUAUUUUGUCUUGUCCGAAGAAAAUUCUGUGGGGCUGCCAUGGCCAAGUAAUUAAGAAAUUUUCACAAAUAAACAAGUACACAAACUUCCUUGCUACAUCUCUGUCAUUAGCCCUAGUUUUAGCUGUGAUUUAGCUUUCCAAAGGCUCAGCUUUGCUUCUGACUGUUUAGUAAGUUAAGUUUGUCAUACUGACCAAUAUCUUGUGGGCUUUGCUGUCUUUUUGAUUAGAGGGCUUUUAUAUGAAAAAAAAAGAUCUUACUGGCUUCUGUUCAGGUCAGUGUUUUGCAGGAAUGCUGCUCAGCAAUUUGAUCCCCUUUUCUACCAACUACAUUGUAACAUUUUCAUGUUCCAUUAUGUAAAUAAGUGUUUCUGAUGUAGCUGAAUAAAUUGUAUCUUAACCCCACUAAAAUAAUUUCUAUCA